UUCCACAGAAAGGCUUAUUAUUAUUAUUCCAAUCCAUGUGUAGUAUCUUGAGCGGGAAAAUAUGGGACUAAGAUUGCUUCUUUCCUGACUCCAUUUCAUUUGCCUUCUCUCCCACCUAUGUUAUCGGAAUCAUCUCUGCACUGCCAACAGCAACAAAAAAUGAAUGGAUCGCUGGAGUUGGUAUCAUUUGAAGAUGUGUGUGUGGACUUCAGCUGGGAGGAGUGGAAGGACCUGGAUGAUUCUCAGAGGACCCUGUAUAGGGAUGUGAUGCUGGAGACCUACAGCAACAUGGUUUCCUUGGGGCACUCGGUUCCUAAGCCUGAAGUGAUUAUUAAUCUGGAACAAGGGGCAGAGCCAUGGCUGGGAGAAACCCCAAACAAGAAUAUGACAGGUGCCCAGCAAGUAGAUGGCUCGAUUGAAAUAUGCCAGGGGAGUCCAGACACACAUCUGUUGCAAGUUGAAAUCACCACUAGCAAAAUAAUAGAGGAAAACGUUGGUUUUCUAGGUGUUAAACAUGGAGCAAAUCUUUUUACCACAAACCAGACCCCACUGUACAGCAGGAAACUCACAGAGGAGAGAUACCCUGUGAAUACAAUGCAUGUAAUUACCAGAAGUCAGACCUCAGCAGGCUUCAGAAAACUCACGCAAGAGACAAAUCCCAUGAAUGUAACACAUGUGGAAAGUAUCUCAAGCAAAACUCAUGCCUCAGUGUGUAUUAGAGAAGACACCCAGGAGAGAAUUCUUAGGGAAGUAACACAUGUGGAAAGUCAUUCAAAUGGAAAUCAGAGCUCAGUGUACAUCAGAGAACAUAUAGAAGAGAAACCACAUGAAUGUACCACAUGUGGAAAGUCUUUAAGCCGGUUGUCAAAUCUCCGGAAACAUCAGAAAAUACACACAAGGGAGAAAUCUUAUGAAUGUAACACGUGUGGAAAGUUUUUUGUCACAAAGUCAACACUCAUUCGGCAUCAGACAGCACACACAGGGGAAAAACCUUAUGAGUGUAACACAUGUGGAAAGUCUUUCACAUGGAUGUCAAGUCUCCGCAUCCAUCAGAGCACACACACAGGGCAGAAACCUUAUGAAUGUAACACAUGUGGAAAAUCUUUCAGACAGAUUUCAACUCUCCACAUCCAUCAGAGCACACACAAACAAGAGAAACCUUAUGAAUGUAACACAUGUGGAAAGUCUUUCAGACAAAUGUCAAUUCUCCGCAUCCAUCAGAGCACGCAUACAGGGGAGAAACCUUAUGAAUGUAACACAUGUGAAAAGUCUUUCAGAUGGAUGUCAAAUCUCCAAAACCACCAGAGAACACACACGGGAGAGAAACCCUAUGAAUGUAACACAUGUGGAAAGUCUUUCACAGAAAUGGCAAAUCUCCGCAGGCAUCAGAGCACACACACAGGAGAGAAACCAUACAAAUGUAACACAUGUUCAAAGUCUUUUGUCACCAAGUCAACACUCAUUCGGCAUCAGACAACACACACAGGGGAGAAACCUCAUGAAUGUAACACAUGUGGAAAGUCUUUCAGACGGAAGUCACAUCUCCACAUCCAUCAGAGGACACACACAGGAGAGAAAUGUUACGAAUGUAAUACAUGUAGAAAGUCUUUCCUGUACAAGUCAACCCUCAGUGUUCAUCAGAGAACACACACGGGUGAGAAGCCAUAUGAAUGUGACAAAUGUGGAAAGUAUUUCAGCCAUACAUCAAGUCUCUGUAGGCAUCAGAGAAUUCACAUAUAAGAGAAACCUUAUUAACGUAAACAAUGUGGAAAGUUCAAGGAGAUUACAGCCUUCAUUAAGCAUCAGAGAGGCCAUAUGAAUAUAGGACAUGUGGAAAGUAUUUCAGACAUAUCAAAUCUCUGCAUGCAUCAGAUCACACACAAGUGAAAUCUUAGGAAUGGAACAAAUGUGGAAAGUCUUUCCCCUACAGUUAGACCUCAAUGUUCAUCAAACAACACACACAGGAAAGAAACUAUGAAUGUAACAAUUGUGGAAAGUCUUUCACCAAGUCAAAUCAGAGUUUAUACAGGAGAGAAAUCAACACCAAAUCAGAUAGAUGGAAAUGAAGAUUCUAAGAACUUUGAUUUGGGCCACCCUGAACCCAUGCAUCUCCCUCAUAGAACAUUAAAUGUUGGAGAGGUUAAUGUUGAGCAGCAUACUUUGGCAAGCACUCUACCACUUGA